AUGUCCCUCAAAAUAGCAAAGGAAAUUGGGGAUUACCUCAAGACUGAAUAUGAAGGAGAUGAGAGGAUUCGUGGAAUGAAAGUCCUGAAUUUGAUUAGGGAUUUCGAGUUGCAGCAGAUGAAGGAGUUUGAGUCGGUAAAAGAGUACUCUGACAGACUUCUCAGCAUUGCCAAGAAGGUGAGAUUGCUUGGUUCUGUGUUAAAUCAUUUCAGGAUUGUUGAAAAGUUGCUGGUCACUAUUCUAGAGAAGUUUGAAGCCACCAUUACUACUCUGGAGAACAUCAAUGACCUAUCAAAGAUUUCUCUUACAAAGCUCUUGAAUGUUUUACAAGCACAAGAGUAUAAGAGGUCUAUGAGGCAAGAAGGGCCAUUGAACAAGUGUUUUGUGUCAAAUCUAAAUCCGAUGGAGAAAGAGCAGAUAACCCUUCUUGCCUCAUAG